AUGCGCGAAACUGAAACAGUUUCAAACAAUAAACGUCCACUUGAAUUGACAGAAGGUGCACCAACCGCGCUAAAUAAUCCCCUGUCGGAGCCAACGAGAGCAGGACAAGUGGCGAACUCGCCGUUCCUUGCUGACGUGUACAAGGCUCUGCUGUCAGGCGAAGGGGACGAGGAAGAGGAAGAGAGGAGGGGUCAGGCGGGGGAAGGGGAGGGAAAUUGGGAGGGGAAAGGAGAGGGGGAAGGAGAGUGGGUAGGAGGGGGGGAAAGAGAAGGGGAGGGAGAGGAAGUGGGAGGAAAGAACGUACUUUGUGUGAGAGACAGAAACACCUCUAUCUCUCGUCUCCCUGCGAUCUCCUUUCAUGGUGUACCGCGUCGCCCCCUUUACAAGCACGUGGCGUCCGCGUUCUUUCACUAUUGUCACGCAGGAGGGUUGCCCUCGGCCAUGCUGACGUGUCAGGGAAUGGAGGAGAAGGAGGGAAGGCGAGGGGAGGAGGUGGGCCGGUGGCAUGGGACCGUUAUGGACGCUGGUGGCCGGCUUCUGGAGCUUAUAGAGGAGCUUUGUAACGAGCACAACAGUGCUGAGGGUCCGUGGAAUGAGAUUAAUGAUUAUGCAAAGAUUGAUCAAAUGGGGAAAUUGGGGGAGAGGAGGGUGCGGGAAUCGAGGGUGGAGGAGCGGACGGAAGGGGAGCAGAAGGAGGGGGAGCGGAAGGAGGAGGAGCAGACGGAGGGGGAGCGGAAGGAGGGGAAUAUGGUUGAGCAGAGAAGAGGGGAGCGGAGGACUCACCAGCUCCAUGUUCAGGCGGAAUUCCUGAAACAGCUCGCAGAGGGAGCCAAGAAGGUGGAGGGGCGAUGCAACCUGCCGCCCUACAGCAGUCAUACCCCUCCUUCGCCCACAGGCUCGCAUUUGAAUGGCUCUUCCGUGCAGUCAUACCCCUCCUUCGCCCACAGGCUCGCAUUUGAAGGGCUCUGUGUCUAUCCAUCAUGUGCCGCCCUCUCCUCUCCCUCCCUCCUAACCCCGUGUCACACCUGCCUGCCACCAUUCCUUCCCAGUCCGUGCAGUCAUACCCCUCCUUCGCCCACAGGCUCGCAUUUGAAGGGCUCUUCCGUGCAGUCAUACCCCUCCUUCGCCCACAGGCUCGCAUUUGAAGGGCUCUGUGUCUAUCCAUCAUGUGCCGCCCUCUCCUCUCCCUCCCUCCUAACCCCGGCUCUGUGUCUAUCCAUCAUGUGCCGCCCUCUCCUCUCCCUCCCUCCUAACCCCGUGUCACACCUGCCUGCCACCAUUCCUUCCCAGUCCGUGCAGUCAUACCCCUCCUUCGCCCACAGGCUCGCAUUUGAAGGGCUCUGUGUCUAUCCAUCAUGUGCCGCCCUCUCCUCUCCCUCCCUCCUAACCCCGUGUCACACCUGCCUGCCACCAUUCCUUCCCAGUCCGUGCAGUCAUACCCCUCCUUCGCCCACAGGCUCGCAUUUGAAGGGCUCUUCCGUGCAGCCAUACCCCUCCUUCCCUAGCAUGCUUGCAUCAGAAGGGCUCUCUACGGUGCUGCCCGGAGUCGAGACACUGGAGGAAGGGCUGGCAGUGUAUCGCCGGUUUUACUCAGAGGAGAAAGAGCAUCGAGCGGGUGUGCUUGCAUUACGAGUGGAGCUAUGCGGGUCUGCUGACGGGGAUGGGUGCCAAGCUGACGUGGCCAGAUCUCAAGCUGACGUGGCCAGACGUCAAGCUGAUGUAAAAUCACAGCUGGAGUCCCAAGUGGCUUCGCUUAUCCACCGAAUCCUCGUUGCCAUGGGUUCACGUGGCAUGAGCCGAUUGGUGGGAAUGCGAGUGACUGAGGGGAGUGUGCUGGCUGCUUUCCCUCCCUCUCGCGCCGCACUUAUAGCGUCCUUUCAACAGCCUGUGAAAGGGGGUGUGAAGGCGAGGAAGGAGAAGAAGCAACGGCAGAGAGAGCAGAGGCAGACAGUGCAGAGACAUGAAGAGGUGGCGAAGGAACAGGUGCAGAGAAGGCAGGGGAAGGGAGAGCAGGAGCAGCAGGAUGAGCAGGAACAACAGGAGCAAGAGGAGCAGCAGGAAAAACAGCAGCAGCAGCAGCAGCAGUGGCAGCAGCAGCAGCAGCAGAAGCAAGAGCAGCAGCAGGAGUUCCAGCAGCAGCAGGAGCAGCAGCAGCAGCUGUCCAGAUUCAUUGAAUGUGCAGCGGAGAGUGCAAUGUGCUGCAGUUGCCAAGUGGAAUCAGAAGCGUGUCUCACCAGCCUGUUAGACGGUGCCACGUGGAUGAACGUGCAUGCCCUGCCGCACGACCUGCCAGUGUUUGAAGUGAGGGGGAGCGAAGGAUACGGGGCGCGAUGGAGUGCAGACGGCUCUCAGGGUAUGGGGCGAGAUGAAGUGCGGAUGGCUCUCAGCUGCAGGGCCGUCUCACGCACAUGGCGCGCGCUCUUCUCCUCGCCGCUCCUCUUUGCCGCCCGGCGAAUCGAGGGGCGGCAGGAGCAGCUGCUAGCACUCUUCCACGGGGAUCCCUCCGUUUCGGGCGGCUGGCUGCUGCACCAAUCACAGCGCUACACCUGUCCCACAUCUAGCCAAUCACAGGUCACGGGCCCCUCACCCUCAUCCAACCAAUCACGCAGCGCCACGUGGCGCCGGCGGCGCAUCCCUCCCAUGACCCCCACGCUCAACACCUACGGGCUGUCGGGGUUCGGCCUGGCUGCUGCUGACACGUGUCUCUUUCUGAUUGGCGGAACAGUUUUCGACGCCACCGCCUAUCCAUCCGAUCGGCCCGUUCCCACCCGGGGUAGCUGCAGGGAGGAAUGCAGCAGUGGCAGUGAGAAUAACGCGAUGCUGGUGGUCGUGGGAGGGUUUGGUUCGGAACCGGACUGGCAAGUACCCGCAGGAGUGGUGGGUGCUGCUGCUCCGGUCCGGCCAAUCAGAGCCUUCCUCCCCUCCGCUCGUGCAUGGGUCCCAAACCCUUCCGAUUCCUCAAACUCCUCAUAUCCCUCAGACUCCUCAAAUCCGUCAAACGCGGCGAUGCUGAAUCCAAACCUCGCAGCUGCUAGUGGUGAGCAGGAUUUGAGACUCUCAUCAGCUGCUGGUGAGUAUGGGUUGACUCUCGCAGCAGCAGAGGCAAUGAGUGGGGUAUGCUUGCCAUUGGAGAGAAGGAGUGCAGGCCCCGUGGCAGUGCUGCACGGGCAGCUGUACAUGCUGUCUGCGGGGUUCUUGGCUCUCAACAGCGAGCUCUUUGUCGUCCCCACCACUCACUUCCUCUUUGGUUGCGGCCGCUCCAGGCGCCUGCCCCCCCAGCAGCACGCCUACUGCCCCGUGACCAACACGUGGCGCACUGAGCGAGUGAUCCCUGAGCUUCAGGGAUGCUUCAGUGUGUUGGGAUGGAUGGACGGGGAGGGGGGGAACAAGGAGCAGGAGGAGGAGGAGGGGGUGCUGCAGGUAGGGAGUUGGGGACGGCUGUGCUUGCAGGAGGAGGAGGAGGGGGGGCAGGGGUUAGGAGGAGCAGGAGGAGGAGGAGGGGGUGCUGCAGGUAGGGAGUUGGGGACGGCUGUGAUCAUGUGCAUGUGCUUGCAGGAGGAGGAGGAGGGGGGGCAGGGGUUAGGAGCAGGAGGAGGAGGAGGGGGUGCUGCAGGUAGGGAGAUGGGGACGGCUGUAGUCAUGUGCAUGUAG